UUAAAUGAUACAUUCUGAUCAAAUCUCGUGAUUAAUCAUUGAAUCUUUUACCAUUACUAGACUCAAGGAAAACUGUAGUUUUAAGCAUUUUAUGAUACAAUGUUGAUCAAUGAAAUUCCCGAUGAUUGUUUACUUGCCAUUUUUGAUUAUUUAAACAACCUUGGCGAUUUAAUAAACUGCUAUAAAGUGUGCGUUAAAUGGAGCUAUUUAAUUGUUAAGCGAACUAAAAAAGUUAAAUAUUUAACAUAUCAGCGUAGUGAUUCAUCUGAUGUUGUUUAUUAUCGAGGAUUAUGUUCGAUUGAUUCAACCUGCCUGCCUAAAUUAUUUACAAAUUUAAUAAUCGCUGAUUUGUCUUCUAAAUUAAACCUCAAAGACGAAGAUUACUUGCUUCCAGAUGCUAUUGAAUUUGUUAGAAAACAAGCAUCUUUGAAAGGAUUAAUCAAUCCCUUUCGCCAACCAAUAGAAAAAUACCGGUAUUGUGAUCAACUUGAAAUGCUAUCCGUCAUAAAUUUCAAUCCAAACAAUUUACGAAAUGGUUCCAGCAUAAAGCAAUUAAAUGUUCGGAAUUAUACUCUAGAGGCUUUGACAAGAGAUGCACAUUAUUUGCCAAACCUUGAAAAUCUAAAGAUUAAAAUUAUUGUUCCAGACAAUCACUACGAUGGUCCAGUAUUGGAAAAGCUCAAAAUACUUGAGCUCUAUUCCAUUAAAUUACAGCGUAAAAGAUUUUUUUAUGGUUUCCAGUUGAUGGAUUCAUGUCCAAAUUUGCAAAGUGCACACAUUACCAUGAAUAGUCAUAGUUGGUUUUUUGACGAAACAUUGAAACACAAUUCUUUACAAGAUUUAGUUAUAAAAUUUUAUGGACACCAUAAUGAUAUCUGGAACAUUUUAAAAAGAUUGCUUAUGAAAUAUCCGAAUCUCAAACAUCUUGCAUUGAGGAACUAUUGGAAUAUAACAGAUGAACAUAUCGAGCAAUUGAUUCACAUUUUACCCAAUUUAGUGCUAUUGGAUGUUAUCAGGUGUGACGGAGUCACUCAAGAAGCAGCUGAUUAUGUUAAAGAUUAUUGUAAAAGAUAUGGACGAUCAAUCAAAUUUUACUUCAGCAAGAAUUAUCAUGAAAUCGAUUCAGAUUGGCCUCAGUUAUCCACUAAACGCGAAAAUAUUAGUCGAGGCUUUGAUUUCAUGAAACAUUAUUUUCGCAAACACUCCGGUUACCUUCCACAUUUUAUGAUUCCAAUUGAUUAUUGAAAAUUUCUUAUUAAUAUAUGUAAUAUUCAAAAUCUGAGUGUUUAAAAUGUGAAAUGAAAAUGGUCCAAAUUAUUCUUUUCAUUCUUUAUUCUGUCUAUUUCUCUGUCUUUUGAGAAUCUAACUUUAUUUCGCUUAUUUUGUGC